ACUCGACAGAAGUGGCUUGUAGGGCCUUUUUUGGAAACUUGCCGACAGCGAUGUUUGACAUCGUCAAGUGUCACUAGUUAAUUUACAGAGUUGAUUCCCAUUUGCCUUUGUCUAAUGGAAGAUGGGGAAGAUGAGAUCUUCCUCCAUCUCUUACUUUAAUCUCUCUUAUUAUUCCACCUCUGCUGCAUUCUUCGCAUCACUAUACGGUAUCUAUUUCGUCUUGAUUUCAGCAAAUGUGAACGGGUUUGAUUCUGUGAUACAGCUCCCUACAUCUGCGUCUGUGAAGAACACGACCCGUAAACCAGAAACCCUUUUUGAUGUCAGUGACUUUGGAGCAAUUGGAGAUGGCAUCACCGACGACACUAGCUCUUUUAAAGAUGCUUGGGACAAGGCCUGCUCUUCAGCAUCACGAUCGAAAAUUGUCAUACCUGGUGGAUAUUCUUUCUUAGUUCGGCCACUUAAUUUUGCUGGUCCUUGCCGGUCAAAGGUGUCCUUAAGGAUUGCAGGUACUAUUUUAGCGCCAAAGGAUCCUGAAGUCUGGGAUGGCUUGAAUCCACGAAAAUGGCUCUAUUUCCGUGGUGUGAAAUACCUGACAAUAGAAGGAGGAGGAACUAUAAAUGGUAUGGGCCAGGAGUGGUGGUCUCGGUCAUGCAAGGUCAACUUAACAAAUCCGUGUCAACAUGCUCCAACGGCUUUAACUUUCCACAAAUGCAACAACCUCAAAGUCAGGAACAUUAAGAUCCUUAAUAGUCAACAAAUGCAUUUAGCAUUUACUGAUUGCAAACAUGUUGCAGCAUCACGUCUCGCAGUCUUAGCCCCAGCUGAUAGCCCUAACACUGAUGGAAUCCACAUAAGUUCAUCUAAACAGGUCAAUAUCAAGGAUUGCACUAUUGGCACAGGAGAUGACUGCAUAUCUAUUGUCGGCAAUUCAUCGCGGAUAACAGUUAGAAACAUUGUGUGUGGGCCAGGCCAUGGUAUAAGCAUUGGAAGCUUGGGAAAGUCCAAUUCAAUGUCUCAAGUUUACAAUGUUCAUGUUAAUGGAGCAUCUAUUUCCAACACGGAGAACGGGGUUAGAAUAAAGACUUGGCAGGGAGGUACUGGAUUUGUCAGAAAGAUUACUUUCGAGAAUGUUUGGAUGGAAAAUGUCUCAAAUCCUAUCAUAAUAGACCAAUAUUACUGUGAUUCUCUGCUGCCCUGUUCAAACAAGACUUCAAACAUUCGCAUUGAUAACAUAUCCUUUGUGGGCAUUAAAGGAACUUCAGCUACAGAAAAGGCAAUAACAGUUGCCUGCAGCGAUAAUUUCCCCUGUAGAAAGUUGUACUUGGAAGAUGUUCAAUUAACUUCAUUUUCUGGGGAUCCAACAACAUCUUUUUGCUGGGAGGCAUAUGGCUCAUCCUCAGGGUUAAAUUAUCCGCCUCCUUGCUUUUCCUGUAAUGACAGCAUUCUUCAGCCAACAGUUUUAUCCAAAUGGAGUCAAUCGAUAUGACGUCUUCUAUGCUAAUAGUACAGAGGCCCAGACCAUAUAUCAAUUGUGAGCUGCUAAAUGAAUUGUCACAGGUAUUCAUUAUCCUGGGGAAAGCUAGCAAACUUGUUGAGCAAGUGGAACAGCUUGAGUGAACUUGUUUAUCAGUAGCUGGUCCAAGUAUCAAUAUAUAUAGAAAAUACAGAGUGUUACUUCGUGGAUUUUAAUUACUUAUGUAAAUAAAGUGCUCAUUCUUUUUCAUGAAUCUUGAUGAAAAAAUUCCAUGAUAUCUAACAAUACAUGAUAAAACAAGAAAAAGCUUCGC